AUGUUUGGAAAUUGGGAAUGGAAAAUUGCAAACGUUUAUGACUUGACUAUAGACACCUGUUAUAGAGCAAUUGAAAGACGAAUUCGUUUUGCAAAUUCAGAAGAAACGCUUAUUAAUUUAGAAUCUACAAGUAAACGUACAAGUAGGGGAAAAGAAGCAGAUGUAUCUUUUACCCCAUGGAACGAACUAUUAUUUGCAGUAAAAUUAAUACGAUUUUCAAGAAUAAAAUUGUCUGCCCCAGAUAUUUUUGCGACUGUGACGACGCUCUUUUCUUGUCUGGGGUUAUUAUAUUUUGGAUUCGGAAUCAUUGUCCGAUAA